AUGAAUAAUAAUAAAAAUCAACUAGUUAGAGAUGAGAAUAAAGUUUAAUAAUUAAAAGCAUAAGCAUAAUUAGUAAAUCAGUAUGCAGCAACCAAAAAAAGUCAAAUUUAUGGAAUACCAUUUACAGUUCAUAUUGAAAAAUAAAAAACUGAAUAUAAAACAGAAUAUGGAUUGAAAACUGUUCAAGAUUUAGUAAAUAAAAUAAAUUAGAUGAAAAAAUCUAAAGAUAUUAAUGCUUUACCUAACUUUUUGGCUUUUGAAAGUCAGGAAAGUCAAAAUAUUUUAAGUCAUUCCAUUUUGUUAAAAGAUUUAAAAGAUGUUUACAUGAAAGAAUUAUCUUCAGGUAAUAAUUGAAUAUAUAUUAGAAAAUAUGGCUUACAUCCAUGUAUUUGGAAAAAAGAAUGUUUGCACAUAUUAUGUCAAUAAGAAUCAAACCACAGUUGAAGAAGUAAAGAUUAUACUUUUGAUUAGUUAAUUUCAUAAUUUAAUAAUGAUCCAGAUAACAAAUAAUGUAUCAUCGACAUAAAAGCAGAUAAAUAUGGUAUUGGAAGUCGACUUGAACCAGGAAUGUAAAUAAAUGAAAACAUAAUGAAAUCCUUAAUAUCUAUUUAUGUUGAAGAAGGAGAAGGAUUGAUUAGAAUAUUGCCAUAUUGA